AUGGCACCAGUGAGGAGGAAAAAGGCUGCGAGCACGGCCAGCGAGUCCGAGAAACUCACGAUUGAAAGGGUAAAGGAACUCCAUAACCAGAUCAGAGAGUCUCCGAAAUAUUUUAACAAUAUCGCAGUACUGAUAGAUGAGUACAGAGCUCUUCUCAAAGAGUUUGGGACUCAUACCAACGAAGACCUCAACAUUCUGACGAGGUUUGUUUCCUUGACUUUACUUAAAGUGUUUGAUCAUAUAAUUGCUGCGAAGCAGCUGAAGUUGACCAGUUUUGAGAACGAACAAAAAGAAACCGUGAGAAAAUGGCUGAAAAGCAAAUACGAUGAAUUCAAACUUUGUUUGGUCGAGACAUGGAAGAUUGACAUUGAUAACGAGGGCAUUUAUGCUUUGAAAAUGGACAAUCUAGACUCGCUGAUGAAGUUCAUCAAGAUCGAAAGCAAGCACUUUAGCUCCAACAAAGACGAGCCUUUUUUCUCAAACCGUACUUACAAGCUUGUCCUCGAACAUCUGCUAAUCACAGGAAACUUGUCUCAAAUGCUAGCGCACGAUGCAACUAUUGACAAUUUCUUGAUCUUGGAAUUUAGAGAGUCCUACUUCAACAAAUAUUGGGACCUACGAUAUUUCUUUUUCAGCGAACUGAGAUCAAUCUUAGAAACAGAUCUAGACGAAUACACGCAGCAACUAAUAGUAUCCAACGUGAUUACAAUCAUCAAACCACAACCGCUGUACGAUUUGAAAACCCCAGACCAAACGAUGUACGUUGAUAACCCACCCAAGACAGUCUAUAACAUGCGCCAAUUUAGAUCUACAUUCGAAAAAUGCGUUCUCAAAUUAAUCAAUUUGAGUCUUCUACCUGAACAAUAUAAGGCAUUUCUACUUAUUCUACAUAAGCGAGUCAUCCCAUUUUUCAACAAUCCUACCAAGCUGAUGGACUUUUUGACCGACUCAUACAACCUCGGAUUCAAUGUCAAGGACAUCAGCUUAUCCAUCCUGUCGCUCAAUGGUCUGUGGGAACUAAUGAGACAAUACAAUUUGGAAUAUCCCGACUUCUACACCAAGUUGUAUGCAAUUCUGACUCCCGAGCUCCUGCAUCUCAGCUACAGGUCGCGAUUCUUCCGUUUAUUGGACGUUUUCAUGAGUUCAACGCACAUUUCAUCGGCAAUCGUGGCAUCGUUUAUCAAACGGCUCGGCCGACUAUGUUUGACUGCUCCACCAGCUGGUAUCGUCUGUGUGAUUCCGUUUGUGUACAAUCUGCUUAAAAGACACCCAACAUGUAUGCUCUUGAUCCACUGCACAGAACGGGAAACAGUGGACCAAUUUGACGAAAAUGAGCAAGAUCCAGCAAAGACAAACGCACUAAAUUCAUCUGCAUGGGAACUGGAGGCUGUCAUUCAUCACUAUCACCCUAAUGUCGGUUCCCUUGCCAAGAUCUUCACACAGCCGUUCAACAAGUACAGCUACAAUAUGGAGGAUUUCCUCGAUUGGAGUUAUUCGAAACUGGUGGAUAACGAAGUCAGUAAAAGGUUCAAGGGAGAACUGGCCCUGGAAUUGGAGAGCUGGGAUUCCCUGCUUGGAGAAGAGGGAUACCUGAAAGAAUAUGUAUAUUAA